CUUUCUAAUCCAGCAAGGAACGUUCUUGUUGAUUUCUCCUUCUAUCGUGCCUAUUCCAUAUUGGACGGCCAUUUGUACCAGUCAUUUACUGCUUUACUGUUAUCUUCCUAUUAGCUACUUAAGUGAUAAUAUUCCCGACACAUAGCAAUGUCGCUGUCGUCGGAGCACGACUCUAUCCACAAGGAGGACCUGCACCCAGACCAUCCCGAGGACUACCUGCGGGAGGGUGAGCGCUGGGCCACCGAGGAGGAUAUGAACACGCUUCGGCGCGUCAGCGACCGUCUGCCAAUUGCCGCGAUAUUCGUGGUGCUGACUGAGUUCUGCGAGCGCUUCACAUACUACGGUAUCACCGGUCCGUUCCAGAACUACAUCCAGAACGACUACAAGAUCCCUGGUUCCGACCCGGGAGCCAUCAACGGCGGCCAGUCGAUGGCGACUGGACUGGGUAACUUCUUCCAGUUCUGGUGCUAUCCUGACCCCGAUUUUUGGUGCGGUUAUUGCCGACCAACCAUUCUGCUGUUCGGAUGCAUCUACACACUAGGCGACCUGAUUCUGACCCUGACCUCGAUUCCGGCGUCGAUUCGGCACGGCGGUGCGCUGCCUGGCCUCAUUAUUGCCAUGAUUACGAUUGGUCUGGGUACCGGCGGUAUCAAAUCGAACGUGUCGCCGAUGGUUGCCGAGCAGUACGGGCGGUAUCGUCCGUUUGUGCGCAAGAGAAAGGACGGCACUGAGGUGGUGGUUGAUCGCGAGGUCACGGUGCAGUCGAUCUUCAACUGGUUCUACUGGUCCAUCAACGUGGGUGGUCUGUCGGCGAUUGCGACGACGGAGAUGGAGGCGAAGAUUGACUUCUGGCCUGCUUUCCUGCUGCCGACGUGCAUGUUCGUUGUGUGUGUGACCGUGUUCUACCUGGGCCGCAACCAGUACGUGAUCACCAAGCCCACGGGCUCGAUCAUCCUGAAGGCGUACCGUGUGAUCCGCGCCGGUAUCAAGAACCACAAGGCGGCGAAGGCGGAGAACCGGCUGAUCCCGUCGUACAAUGUGGCGGGCCUGAACAUGGACUGGGACGACAAGUUCGUCGAGGAGCUGAGCGUGGCGGUGCGCGCGUCCAAGAUCUUCCUGUGCUACCCAGUGUUCUGGCUCUGCUACGGGCAAAUGUCGAACAACCUGGUGUCGCAGUCCGGCCAGAUGAUCACAGGCAAGGUGCCGAACGACAUUAUGCAGAACAUCGACCCGCUGGUCAUCAUCAUCCUGAUCCCCUUUUUCGACCGUCUCAUCUACCCUGGCUUCCGUCGCUGCGGCCUCGAGCUGCGCCCGGUCACCCGUAUCACCCUGGGCUUCACGUUUGCUGCUGUCGCGAUGGCGUAUGCCGCCGUGGUGCAGCACUUCAUCUACAAGACCGGCCCGUGGUACGAGUACCCGUCGCAGAAGGUCAACGGCGUGCACCAUAGCAACAACGACAUCACGGCUGCUAUCCAGGUGCCGUGCUACAUUCUGUAUGCGUACAAGAAGGCGCCUGAGAGCAUGAAGUCGAUUAUCAUGUCACUGUUCCUGCUGACCAACGCCGGUGGCUCGAUCCUGGCGUUCUGCUUCAACUCGAUCUCCACCAACCCACACCUGGUCAAGAACUUUGCCAUUGUCGGUGGCCUCAUGGGUGGAUUCACCGUCCUGUUCUAUGACCAGGACGAGUACCUUGGCAAGCUCGAGUUUGAGAAGAACUAG